AUCAAUUAAUCCGUUAAAAUGGCUGAUCUAGAGUAAUCAAUCGAAGUAAGAAUAGAUAAAUUCGAAUGUAUUCUAUUAAAUGAUAGUUUUAUAGCUGAUUUAAAUAGAGUAAGUUUAUAAUAAGAUGCACUUCUACCACUACUUUAAAUGAUUGAAUAUAUUCCAUCAAUUUAACGAACAGAAGCAAAUGUAAAAUAAGUAUAAAAAAAAUAAGAUGUGAAUGAAUAGAAAUAAGGAAGGCUUGUAUACAAUAUAUUCAUAAAUAAUUUAGGAAAGAUGUGCAGAAAGAAAAUUAAGAGAAAUUGAAUCUAUGCCUUAGAAACCUUAAUUAGAAGUUUAAUAAGUUGAUUAAAGAAUUAAAGAUCUUGAAUCUUCAAUUAAUUGUUUAUAUAGGUAAUAAUAAUUAAUAACAAUAGGUGGUAUGAGGCAAAAUUGAGAGAAGGUUCUCAAUAAAUUGUUCGUAGUAUUGAUGAUAAAUUAGGAACUGAUCCAAAUGCAGAAUUUAAUGACUAAUUAUUAAUUGUCGUGAAUUAAACUAUUAAAAAUGCACUUGAUAAAAUGAGCGAAGAUUUUAGAGGCUAACUUUGUGAAAUUAGAUAAAUGCUAUGAUUUUAUAUAUAUUAACUGUUAAAUAAUAUUAA